GUGAAAAGGAUUCAAUGAUUUUUGACUGUACUGAAUGCUAUGAUCCAGUUACUAAACAAUGGACAACUGUAGCUUCAAUGAAUCACCCCCGCUGUGGCUUGGGCGUGUGUGUGUGUUAUGGGGCUAUCUAUGCUUUGGGUGGAUGGAUUGGAGCUGAGAUAGGGAAUACCAUCGAACGAUUUGAUCCUGAUGAAAAUAAAUGGGAAAUAGUUGGCAAUAUGGCUGUGCCACGCUACUACUUUGGGUGCUGUGAAAUGCAAGGUUUAAUUUAUGUAAUUGGGGGAAUCAGCAAUGAAGGAAUAGAGCUUCGUUCUUUUGAAGUUUAUGAUCCACUUUCUAAGCGCUGGUCUCCACUUCCUCCGAUGGGAACCAGGAGAGCCUAUCUUGGGGUGGUUGCACUCAAUGACUGCAUCUAUUCUAUUGGAGGGUGGAAUGAGACACAAGAUGCUCUUCAUACUGUUGAAAAAUAUUCCUUUGAAGAGGAAAAAUGGGUUGAAGUUGCCUCAAUGAAAGUGCCUAGAGCAGGCAUGUGCGUUGUUGCUGUCAAUGGUCUUCUGUAUGUUUCUGGAGGCCGAUCUUCCAGCCAUGAUUUCUUGGCCCCAGGUACCUUGGACUCAGUUGAAGUUUAUAACCCCCAUUCAGAUACAUGGACAGAAAUUGGUAAUAUGAUCACUAGUCGUUGUGAAGGGGGUGUUGCUGUACUAUGAAAUGUAAAGCAUAAGAGUACAAGGAACAUCUUGAAAAUGUUGGAUCUUACCUUUUGCAAAUCAAACAAUGUAUUUGGUAAUAGGCCCCUCUGAAUCUUUUUUUUUUUUAUUGUAGGCCCCUCUGAUUCUGUUAGUUUUUCAUUUAUUGGGUAGAUAAGUAACUGAAUAGUGACUUUUCUAAAAAUUUGGAUGAGAAUGGGUAUGGGAUAUAUUCUAAAUUAAUAAUGAGCUCACACAAAUUUGCCAAGCUUACCAAACAAUAAAAAUGCUGUUUAUCCUCUAGAAUUAUCCAGUUACCCAUAGAGUCUUAAUUGUAAAAAUUGUUUCCUAGGGGCUGCUGGGAAAAUAGCCCCUUUGAUUGUUUCUCCAGUAUAAUUUCAAAUUUUAACAUAACCUGUAUAUGUUGUAGGAAUAAUAUCUAUGAGAAGGCUUAAAGAAUUCUAUACAUUAAUGAUUUGAUCCAGAGCAUAGUUUCUAUGGCCAUAGUUUAACUUAAACAGAAAAGCCAGUGAAAAAUUCCCUAAUGUUAUUUGAUGGCAGGAGUUUCCAGUACCCCCAAACAUUUUAUUAGAAACAGAUGUACUGGGAGGGGCAUGUGGGGAAAAAAAAAUCUAGCUAUUUUUUGGCUGUACUAGGAUUUGAACUCAGGCCUUAUGCUUGAGUGCUCAGGCACUCUACCACUUGAGCCACAACCUGGCCCUGAAAAUCUAGCUAUUUUGAUAAAGGUUUUGCUUAUUGAUAGCCUAAGAAAAGCAUUUGCUCACUCAUAAUUUUUGUAUUGAUCCUAAGAAUGCAAAUAAGGAAUAGGAGGUUCUUAGUGACAGUCCUUAAUUGAACUAGGAUGUUGAAUGUGUGAUAGAGCCCAGUAGAAAUAUCUUCUUUAUUUUCUAAAUAGUUCCCUAGAUUAUCUGUUCGGAUUUAGAAAGAGGGAUUUUUAUUAGAUUAUCAGGCUUUGUGAAAUUUACUUAUAUUUGGGCAAGCCUAAGGAUGAGGUUACUACAACACUACUGCCUGGCUUGGAAAAGGCUCAAUCUAGGUAUAACUUGAGUAUCCCUAAUCUGAAGUCCGAAAAGUUUUUGAAUGCUGACAUUUGAUGUUCAGAAGGUCUUGGAUUUUGGCACAUUUGGAAUUUUAGGUUUUCAGAACAAGGAUUCUCAAUCAGUAAGGUCUACACAAAUAUUACAAAAUCUAAAACAUUUAUGGUCCCAAGCAUUUUACAUAAAGGAUGACUAGUCACCCUACCUGUAUCUGUGAAAACUUUUUAUUGUGUGUGUGUGUAGUACUAGGGUUUGAGUUUGGGGCUUCUGGCUUGCUAUGCAGGUACUUUACCACUUGAGCCAUACCUCCAGCCCUUUUUGCUUUGGUUGUUUUGGAGAUUGGGUCUUACUCUUUGCUGAGGACAGCCUGGACCAUGAUCCUCCUAUUAUACUGGGCACACUCUAACACACCCAAUUUUUUAAAAUUGAGAUGGGGUCUUGCAAACUUUUUUUACCUAGGCUAGCCUGGAACCACAAUCCUCCCAAUCUCUGUCCCCCAAUAGCUUGAAAUGACAGAUGUAUUGCUGUUGUGCAUAGAUUUUGGUUGAGGUAGGUUCUCACUUUUUGCCUGAGCUGGUUUUGAACUGCAGUCCCCCAUCUCAGCCUCCCAAGUAGCUAGGAUUACAGGCAUGAGCCACUGGCACUCAGCUCUGUAAAACUUUUUAUAGACAAUGAUUCGUAAGAAUAAACUGAAAGGCCCCUGAUCCAAAACUGUCUCAGAACUUACCUCCAUGAGAAGCAUAAAGAACUGUUUUCUGUUUAGUUCUAAAGAUUCAUCGUGUGUAUGGUCAUUAAGUUCUACUAGCCAGUUGGAGCCACGUUAAAGGUUUUGCAUACAUUAAGUUUAACUAGCUGACUCAGGAUUUGAUUUCUUUUUUUCUUCUUUUUUCCUUUUUUUUUGGCAGUGUUUAAACUCAGAGUCUUAAACUUGCUAAGCAGGUACUCUACCACUUGAGUAGAAAAAAAUCACUUUUAGUGAUUUUUCAUUUCUUUACUAAGGACUUUUCAGUAUACUGUUAGAGGAAUCAACAUCAUAUAUAUAUUCCUUUGAUUAAAGACCCAUGUAGCAUUUAUUUCCAAAAAAGUUGGUU